CCGGUGAAGCUUGAAACGUGGCUGUGAUGUCUCCAGAUGAGGUCUCAUCCUUCCAACUAUGGAGACUCCAUCUCAAGCUUAUCGUUUCCGACUCUGAGGAAGCCUCUCAUCCCUACUCGGGGACUCAUGAAAAGGAUCUCCCCAAAGCUAGAAAACAAGCUUCUCUAGGAGAUGGCCCUGCGGUGCUGUGUUUCUAUCUGCAAAGAAGGUGUUGAUUCAAAAGCGUAGAUUGCUCUCCACCCACGGCUUUUCGCAAGGAACGGAUUGCGGCUCUCUCUAUCCGAAUCUUUCACGAAGGACGUUUUCCGCCUCUGUGUCGAAAGGCUUCGGCUUUCUCAAGGUCUCCGGGACAAACGUCUCAGGGAAUUGAUUUCAAGGACCGCCAAAUAAAGUCACCCCGGGCAAAGGCACAUGCCAUCGUUUCCCAAAAGCGACAAGACCAAAGACGGCCACGUUUCCGUCCCUUUUGCGUUUGGCAGGACGCAAAGCAUGGGAAGGCGGCCGACGAGGCCUUCCUGCCCGGCGUUCCGUCUCCGAGAAGUGGCCGCCAUGUAUCUCAGCUCCCUGGCCGUCUUCCUCCUCAUCCUGGUGGUCGCUCUCCAAGGCACGGACCCAAGGGAGAACUACUUCCCUUACAAAGUCCCGUUGGACCCUCAAAGCACCUUGGAGCUCUCGUGGAACGUCAGCUACCUCCACCGAGAGGUCCAUUUCCAGAUUUUGGUCAAGAAGCUCCAAGACGGGCUGCUCUUUGGGAUGUCGGACCGGGGAGGUUUUGAGGAUGCGGACCUGGCCGUGCUCUGGAGCGACGGCGUCCAGUCUUAUUUUGCGGACGCCUGGAGUGACCAUGAUGGACACCUGCACAUGGACUCCCAGCAGAACUACAAGCUCCUGAAAGCAUGGUCUGCCCUCGAAGGGUUCUACUUGCUCUUCAAACGGUCCUUUGAUACCUGCGACCCAAAGGACUAUCGGAUAGAGGAUGGCACCGUGCAUCUCAUCUAUGGGAUUCUGGAGGCACCCGUCCCUUCCCUUGGGGCGAUUAAUGUUUCCGCCCUCCGCCGGAAAGGGCUACAAAGGGUCCAGCUGCUGAAACCGGACAUCAGGAUUCCUUCAUUGCCGAGCGACUUGAAGACCAUGGUGAUCAGGGCCCCGAACGUGAGCAUCCCAGGCCAAGAGACGACCUAUUGGUGCUACAUGACAGAGCUUCCAGAUGGUUUCGGAAAGCAUCACAUUGUCAUGUAUGAGCCAGUUAUCACCAAAGGGAACGAAGCCCUGGUCCACCAUAUGGAGGUCUUCCAGUGCGCCCCACAGUUUGAGACCUUCCCCAGUUAUAACGGACCAUGCGAUUCAAAGAUGAAGCCGGAACGACUAAACUUCUGCAGACAUGUCUUGGCCGCCUGGGCGAUGGGCGCACAGGCCUUUUACUAUCCAGAAGAUGCCGGGCUCGCUUUCGGAGGACCUGGGACCUCAAGAUAUCUGCGCCUGGAAGUUCACUACCACAACCCUCUGGAGCUCAAAGGCCACCAUGAUUCCUCAGGGAUCCGGCUCUUUUACACCGCCUCCCUUCGUCCCUACGAUGCUGGCAUCAUGGAACUCGGCUUGGUGUACACCCCGGUGAUGGCAAUCCCGCCUGGAGAAAGCCAUUUCGGACUGACGGGAUACUGCACCGAAACAUGCACCCAGGUGGCCCUGCCCCCUUCCGGGAUCCACAUUUUCGCCUCUCAGCUUCAUACCCACCUGACUGGGAGGAGCGUGGAGACCGUCUUAUCAAGAGGAGGCCAGGAGAAAGAGAUCGUCAACAAGGACCCCCACUAUAGCCCCCACUUCCAGGAGAUCCGCAUGUUGAAGAAAGUGGUGUCUGUGUUUCCGGGCGAUGUGCUGAGAACCACUUGCAUCUACAACACCGAAGACAGGAGUCAAGCCACUGUGGGAGGCUUUGGAAUCAUGGAAGAGAUGUGUGUGAAUUACGUCCAUUAUUAUCCCCAGACGGAGCUGGAGCUGUGCAAGAGCGCCAUUGACUUGGGCUACCUUCAGCGCUAUUUUAAGCUUGUCAACAGGUUUAAUGAUGAGGAAGUCUGCACAUGCCCAGAGGCCUCCGUCACGCAGCAGUUUGCCUCGGUGCCUUGGAAUUCACUCAGCAGAGAUGUCUUGAAAUCCCUGUAUGGAUUUGCUCCCAUUUCGAUGCAUUGUAAUAAGUCUUCAGCAGUCCGUUUCCCGGGAGAAUGGGAGAGACAAACGUUGCCAAAAGUUACGGAGGUACUUCCGGAGCCGGCCUCACCCUGUGAACACAAUGGACCCCACUUCCCAGCAUCCCCCACCAUUGUAAAGCUUGACAAAGAAGCGUCAAAAUAAGACCUGGGUUGAACCUUAAUUGGACCUUAAUCGCUUUCAGCUCAAGUUUGGCUUGACUUUGAUUCUUUGCAGCUUCUACAGGAAACCCUGAUGCCAAUGAGAGAUAUGGCAGGGAUAGCUUUUCAUGAGAAAGGAGUUCAGUCCGUCUAGUUGCUUGGAUUGCAAUAUAUUGGCUCUAUCAGCAAAACCAAACAGGAGGACCAAUGAAAGGAAUCCCUAGAUUGAUCAGAUUUCCAUUUAUUUUUUCUCUGAGAACCAGUAGAAACAACCAAAGCUCACCAUAGAACUGCCGUGGAGGACCUAGAAUUUCUUCUCUUUAGGAAUCUUUGGGUCUUCCAGCCUGACUCUAUGGUCAACUUCCGGUUUCAUAUAUAAGAAUAAGCCUCAGAUUCCCAUUUUUGGUUCUCUGAGGACCAGUCGAGACAACCAAAGCCCACCAUAGAACUGCAGUGGAGGACCUAGAAUUUCUUCUCUUUAGGAAUCUUUGGGUCUUCCAUCCUGACUCUAUGGUCAACUUCCGGUUUCAUAUAUAAGAAUAAGCCUCAGAUUCCCAUUUUUGGUUCUCUGAGGACCAGUCGAGACAACCAAAGCUCACCAUAGAACUGCCGUGGAGGACCUAGAAUUUCUUCUCUUUAGGAAUCUUUGGGUCUUCCAGCCUGACUCUAUGGUCAACUUACUAAGAAUAAGACUCAACAAAACCUCCAUGUAUAGAAGUAAUGUCGGAUGAGGGAGAUAAACAAAGAAUGGAGAUGUUCCUCAAAAUCUUGUCGCUGCUAUUGUCUUAUGCAUGGAUGAAUUCUCCUA